AGAACAUUUUAAGAGCGUGCCCACAUUUCACCUAAUUUUAGAAUGUGUGAUAUCUGUACGAUAUCGGUGGGUGUUUCAAUUUGCGGAAGAAUUCGCGGCCCUGAGACCGUUUACAAUAUUACAGACGGGACUAAACAUAGCGCCGAAAAGUUGUUUUUAAAGUUCUAUACAUCUUUGAAAGUUAAAAAUAAAUAUAUUACUUAAAUGUGCUUAGUGAAAUUAUUUUCGACAUGAGAGAAUUUUGAAAUGUAAACAAAUUGGUUAAAAUUUCGCGAUGCCAAUACUUUUUAGUGCUGUGGCAUUUCAAAAGACCGUUCUCAACAAAUACGCGACCUGUGAUGGAAACUUUGGAGAAAUACUAGAGGAAGUGCUCAAAAAGAUUUCAAAUUGCAACCAUAAGAUGACGUAUUCCCAUGGGAAAUAUUUAUUUCACUACGUGAUUGAUUGUGGAUAUUUAUUCUUCUGUAUUACUGACAGGCUUUGUCAACGCUCGAGAGCAUUUCUUUUUCUAAACGAAAUAAAACGACGAUUCGAGACAGACAAGACCAACUUUACAAGCACUUUGGCGGAGCAAAUGUACUGUUACAACGAGGAUACCAGCAAAAUAACAAUAAGAAACGGAGAAUUAGAUGAAGUUAAUAAAAUUGGCGUCGAUAGCAGUGAUAGUAUACUUGGCGAGAAGUUACUGUUGGUCAAUAAUGAAAACAAUUUAAGUUACUCAGCAAUAUUCUACGUAGAUGCAAGACCCGAAAGAGUCGUUAUAUCAUUCAAAGAAUCUAAAAGAAAUAUUCUUGUAGCAGCUUCGCUCAUUGUAAUAGGAAUGACAUUGAUGUUGCUCAGUCCACUGUCUAUACCGUUUGUAAUUGUUAUUUUUAUAUUAUAUUCUAUAGUAAGAUAAAAUAUAUGUAAUACCUACUAUUUUUCUAGAAUAAUAAAUAUUAAUGUACCUAUAAACAGUUUGUGGUUGAAUUUAUCACCAAAAUGUGAGAAGUGCUCUCCUUCGUUAUAAGAAUUGGAAUUUAAAUCAUUAUAGAUUAAUUAAUUUAAAUAUUGUUGUUUUCUGCAAAAAUAAAGUCCCUACUCCUAAUUUCAUUGGCAAUGAAUAAAAGGUAAAAUGUAAUUAGUCUGAAUUUUUUUUUAAAUGUAAAAUUCCUCACUGAAACGCACACUAAACUUAUAGUACAUACCUCGCGCCGCCAUGUGUCCGCCCACCACCGCCUCGUUAAGUUGCUGCAGAGCCAAUGUGCGUGU